AUGUCUGGAAGGGUGGGAACAUCGUCAGCCUCCAUACGAGUCUCAAUCCAGUUCCCGCCAGCUGAGGCAUAUGAAGACACCGACACGCUCGUCUUGAGUGUCGGCGCUCACUUCAUUGAUGUUCGCUUCAAAGCCGUCUCAUCUGAUCAUACGGGCACUGAAAGAGAACUUGAUUGGGCCUUCAUGGGCCAAAAGACUCAGCUAGACGAGCAGACAUUUGCAUGGAGUCACGAUUUAGACUCCAGAGGAUUCGAAGGCAUUGAUCAAGGAUAUUGCACACCUCUCCCACACGGAAAUGAGCUAGAGCAAGGCAUGAUGGUCAAUCCGACAGAUCCUGGCGGGCCUCCUGUACCUUAUAAGGAGGUUUGGCGCUCAUUACCUAUUGAGCCUAUGCCUGAAAUUGGUUCAUUCAUUGCUCGCA